AUGCUGACUAUAGUGAAGCUGCUUGCUAAAGGUCUCAUCAUACUAGGCAAGGCCUCUCUCUCAGUUCGAGCCAAACAUCCCAAUUACAUCGAUCCUUUCUUUACUUUCUACAGGGCUCCUACACUACCGUGUGCUUGGUCGGGUGUUGCUGGCCAAGGUCAAUCACCAUACACUGACCAAGAUGUAAAGCCGGAGGAUGGCUCCGCGAGCCAAAACGGUCCUGGAGGCUCAUCAUCUGGUUCUGCCGUUGGGGUUGCUGCCGGCUACAGUCCGUUAGCGCUUGGAACCGAAACGAUUGGUUCAAUCAUGUUGCCUUCCACACGCGCAGCACUUUACGCAGUUAAGCCAACGCAGAGGCCAAACGCCCUCGCCGGUGUCAUACCAACUACCGAUGCAAUGGACACUGUGGGACCAAUGGCCAAAUGCACCCGUGACAUUGCGACGCUUCUGGACAUCCUCAUUCCAUCCGACUCCAGCUUCUGCGACAAUCUUGGCGCUACAUGGUCCGACUUGAAAGUCGGGGUACUGGAGCCCAAGAUCUGGAAAUGGCCACAAUACCUCGCACCACUCGAUGAAGUGUCACAGGAACAAAUUACACAAGAGAUCGAGGCUGCUAACAACAAAAUCUCCUUCUCCGCUCGGAAGUUUACGACGGUACAGCUGGAAAGCCCUGCUACUCUACAGAAUGAGGAGGGCGAAGGGCCAUUCCACAUCAUGGAGGCAGAUUUUCGAGAUCAAAUUAAUGCAUAUUUCGAAUCUCUUGAAGAUUCUCAAGUCCGGUCCUUGAAAGAACUUAUUCAAUUCAAUCUGGACCACGCUGACCGGGAAAUGCCAUCAGACUUAGGUAAAGAUUCGCAGAUCCUCCUCCUUCGCGCUCAGGAAAAUACAAAACCCAAGGCUUCCAGGGAUGAGCUGCUGGCUUUCCUACGCCUAAAAUCUGGUCCUGAGGGGAUAGACCGUGUGCUGGAUGCCAACAACCUGGACGUCAUUUUAUGUCCAGCGGAUUCGGAGAUCAACAUAUAUACGACACUGAACACUUAUCGUGCUGACUCUUAUCAUCUGACGGUAGGUUAUCCUUCGGCACAUAUGCCACUCUCGUAUCUGAAACUGAACGGGAGACCAUUUGGUAUGAUCGCAAUCGCGAAAGCUGGCCAAGAGCAUAUCUUGAUUAAAGUCAUGGCCGCUUGGGAACGCACGUUUCCGCCUCGGAAACCCCCAGUGAUGGACAGUUUCGCACGAGGACGUCUAUAG